AUGGCCCCAGUCGAACGCAUAACCCUCUUCAAAAUCCCCAACGAAGGCGACCUACCCAGCUUAGAAGAGCAAUACAAGAUCCUUGUCGCGAAUGCCAAGAAGGACGGAAAACCCUACAUCCUAACCGUCGCAGCGGGGAAAUGCUUCCCAGACCCGCGGAACAAGGGCUUCAAUUUCUCCGUCAAGACGACCUUUGCGUCGAUGGAGGAUAUGGAGUAUUAUGAUAAGGAGUGUGCGGCGCACCAGGCGCUCAAGGCGUAUGUGGCGCCUAUCAAGGAGGAUAUUUUGACGACUUAUUUUGUGAGUGCUGUUUAA